AUGGGAUUAGAGCUCUCAAAACUCGAUCGAGUUGAAGCUUGGCCGGUCGAGUUGAGGAACUCGACCGGUUGGUCGAGUAGAUGGUCGAGCUGGUCUUCAAGAUGGCUUCCUCCUUCUUCCUUUGCGUAUCCAGUUGAGCUGCGUCCAUGUGCCAAGUCCUCCAUGCUCCUACGUCCCAUAUGCUCCAGAAUGCUCCAAAAGACCUAUUUCAAAGGACCAAACAUGCAUAUAACGAAGCUUCGGAAGUUUGGCCGCGCGCGGAGGAGUUCCCGACGUCCAAAAGUUACGAUCUUGAUAUGGAAAGAUAGAUACUUGAGUCAUGCAUCACGUCGAAGUGGAAUGAAGCCAUUUGGAUCAACUAUGAGGCCUAGACUUAUUUUCUACCGAGACAUGUCCGGUAAGCGAGUAAACGAAGCCCAUGGAGGAUUUGGAGUGUCUAAUGGCCCGAGCAGCAGCGCCAAAGGCCUUGAUCGAAUAGAGAAGAGGCCUGGCUAA